CCUUUAUGAAUUUUCACUUCAUAAACUUACAAAUAAUUUUGGAAGAUUUCUAAAGACCUAAAUAUGGACGUUAAUUAUGACGUUAUCGUACCAAUAACUGAGUCGAAUACUCAUGAUUAUGCUCGCUGGAGCUUGAAAAGAUAAGGAAUAAUUUGUGUAAUUCCACGUAUCGAUUUUACCAGCUGCUGAAUUAACUAGACCAAGGAAAACUCCCCCCUUUUACUGAGAAAUAUCGAUUAUUCCGGCCUAAAUGUAUUCGACCACCACAACAUUCACAACGAAAUGACAGUUUAUACACGUUUAUGAAAUAGAAUUCUCCCCAAAGUUUAUGUAUGUCCACUAAAACUAAAAAUAUCGGUGGAAGGACAACGACACAAAGAAUCCAAACGAAGCCCAGAGGGACAACAUCUGACAGAAAACAAGAAUCAGUUCGCAAUGUCAAAGAGAAGACUGAAGAGAAAAAGCCUAGAAACGAUUCGAACAAAACCAAAACGAACGUUUCGAAAGAAGACAAGGAAAAAACGGUUGCCAAACAGACGUCCAAAAGACCUUCAGUAGCCAAGCCGCAAAGCAUCGCCAGCGAUAGGGCGCAGAGCAAGAGAAUCGUCAAGACCCAGUACUUUCCCAGCAAGAACAACUAUUCCGAGCUGCUAAAACAUCUCAACCAGCAUGAAAUCGGUGCCGGUGACGCGAAAAAUAAGAAAGUUCACAGAGAAAGUUCAUCCGAUUCUAUGUCCACGAGGGAAAGACCGAGAACAUCGACGCUGCGAAAAGGGAGCAUAGUAAACGAGAACAUAGCCGGUCCGGAGAUCCCGAAGAAGCCUCCACCAGCGGAAGAAGAGGAAGAAUACGAAGACGAUUUCGAUUCUUACGAAUCCGAUUUCGAAAACGUCAGCAGUUCCGAUUCUACCGUACAUAACCUCUCCGAAAUAUCCACAGAGUCCACUUCUUCUUCUUCCGGAGACGAAGAUGCGUCAGUCGAGGGUCAGCCAUCUGUGAGCAAGGAUCCGGAGAGGAAGCUGGACUCUGGAAAUUUCGAGCUGAAGGAGGAUAAGACCAAAGGGGAAUUCUCGAAUCUGCAGGAUCUGGUGGAGAGGGACAAUCUGAAAUUUAAGAGACCGGAGAGCAACAUGAGGAGCAACCUGACGUCGCUGUCCGACGAGGGCUUCGAAGAGGCCAAAUCGUUGCAGUUCUUGAAUUUCGUCAGCGCCAAGAGGAGGAACGACAGGAGGAGAAGUCUGGAGAUGCGCAAGAAACGCGGGGAAGAACUCUUAAACAUGAUCAAGUUGGACACGGUCAACUUCACGGUCUUCGAUAUGCCGCCAGUGCCUUACGACCAGUUCAUCAAAGCUUUCGGCAACGCCAACUCGAUACAAAUCGGGAUACAGACAGGAGAGGAAAGGAUAGAAGAAGAGGCGCAAACGGACCGCGUAGAAACCGCGGAAAAAUGGAUCCAAAUGCCUCCCAAAUUCUCCAAAGUCACCUCCGUCUACAAGUUCGACAGGCUAGGCGCGGGGCCGCCCUUGGACCAAACGCCCCUGGCAGAAAUCCCAUCCGAACCUCAAUUCGACGAGUACCGACUCAACAGGUUCCUAACCAACGCCGCCGGUCUGGUCUUGGACGUCCUGAAGGGCGGGAAAACCCAACGGAACGGCAACGUGGCCGGGGAUUCCUUCAGUCGGGCCGUGGUUGCGUUGAAGCCUCCUUCUGAGUUCUCGGGCAGGAGGAAGAUAAGCCAGAUCGUCCCCAACGGGAGGAAUCCAUCCACCUUCCUAUCGGUCCACGUGGAUCAAGACGGCGACGGAUUUUCCAAGAGCAUGGUGUACUUGUGGAACGUCAACGGGGCAACGCCGGAGGUCUACCUGGCCUGUCACGGUAAGAUCAGGUGCUGCUGCUUCGGAUACGACGCUGGGACGGUUUUUGCGGGACUCGAAAACGGGUCUCUGGUGGCUUGGGAUACGUAUCACAAUGUAUCGGUGGUCAGAAACGUGUGUUCGAUGCUCGAAGGUGACGUGGUUCUUCGUUUUCCGACGUUUCUGACGGACAUAGAGAAGAGCCACUGUUGCUCCGUCGUUGCCAUACAGUGCGUGUCGGAAGACAGUGCCCACCAGAUAUUCGAUGAGGUAGAAUCGACGUGGAAGGUUUGCAGCCUGGAUCAGGAAGGGACUAUCGUGAUAUGGAGCAUCAUGGCCAACUUGAAAGGGGAUUCAGCUCGAAGAAAUGGCGGGGGGAUCAAAUUGUUGAAGAACUUCGAAGUGAAUCUGCGAAACGUCGUUCCCGAUAUGGACGAUCUUGCAUGCAACGAUAUGUUCCUUUCCAACUUUUCCAAAUCCUUCAUAGCGACCAACUACGGGAGCAUUCUACAAUGCGAUUUGAAUAAAGAAAAGACUCACGUUAAGAUACACCGUGCAGAUAGCACGUCACCGGUCAAGUGCCUCGUACCUUGCCCCUUCUCGGACGCGUAUUUUCUAGCUGGUCUCGAGAAUGGAAGCGUUCACCUCUACUCCGGAAAGACGUCCGAACCGCUGAUGGUCAUCACCAACAAAGAGGGCGAGAGCGCGGACGAGUCCAUCGACGAGAUACAAUGGUCGCUCGAAAAACCUUGCGUCUUCUAUACCAAAAAUUCGGAUAACGUCGUGGACGCCUGGGACCUGAGCAGAAGCAGCGUUUUUCCGAUAGGAUCGCUGAAGUCGGAGGAGCGGGUCACUUGUAUGAGGUUAGCGAGGUGUAAACUGGACCAAUCUUAUAUGGUCACUUCAACAGAGGCCACUAUCCACAUUCAUUUCCUGAAUCAGGAACAUGAAAGGGAAAACGAUGAGGGGUAUAUGAAAGAAAUGAAAACUUUCUUGACCUACGUGAGCAGAUUGUGAGAUUAUCCCAAGGAAACACGAUGAAACUGGAAAAUAAUAUGUAUAUGAUAAUUGUUCUAAUUGGGAAAUAAAUUCGAUUUUCCAUAA